GGUAAACCCAGUCAGCAGAGGCUGGUGCAAUCACCUCGCAGCUUGGCUACGCAAGGUCCAGCCUGCAACACUUCGGAUCGCGGCACCCGAUGCUUCUCUAUCUCAACUGACAGCUCCUCUGCCACGCUCUCUCAUCCUCACAUUGGCCUGCUCGACGGUGGCUCAAACUAUCGCUCCAUCCCUUGCUGCUCAACAUCUUCCUUCGCCCACUCUUCCAUCCUCCCCAAGCUGGGUUGACAGCUGCCUCCCAGCUGCCAGAUGCCCUUCUCUGCCACAGCUGUCCUCCGAACUGCUCGCCCGCCGUGUCUGAUUUGACUGUCGCCGUCUGAACUGCGUUCCUGGAAGCUCCGUCUCCUCCUAUUGACAGGUCGUGGUGGGUGUUUGACCGCAACUUGCUUGAUUCCCUGCUCCGUCCUGCUCGCCUCGCCCAUUUUCCAUGGCCAUGCAGUCUCUAUAUGAAUUCUCGCUAGACCCCUCCUGGGAUGGAAUGUUUCUCAACCCUUUGUCUCACCAUCUCUGCUGCUGCUUCUCCUGCCAUUGCUGUUUCGCUGCCCCCGAUGCCCGCAAUCACCAUCCCCGUACCUCUGCUGUCCCCAGCCUCUGCUGCCCGACGCACAGGCCCGCGGCCAGAGUCAUGGACCAUCCCCCCCGUCGACAUCAACGAGACCUUCAUCCGCAAGCUGGCCAUCCUGAUCCUCAGCCUGGUUGACCCCUUCGAUGCCUUCUACAUCCGGUGGACCGCCGACAACAUCCGCUCCAUCCUCUGCUCCGACAACGACAUCGUCCCCUGGCUGACCUGGAUCAACCGAGCCUCCUACCAGAGCACCACGCCGCUGCCCAGGGUCCCCAAGAACUUGGACCGGCUGAUCUUCACCCUCCUCCCCACCGCGCGAGUCACCGCAACCACCAGCACCUUCGGCAGCUCCUGGAAGAUAGCCGAGACCAUGACCCUCAUCGGCCUGCCCACCCCCAGGGAGAAGGUCCUGGCCCUCCAACACUGCCUCCGAAAUGCCCUAGACUAUAAGAAGCUGCCCCGGUGCCGAGAUCCGCUCCCCCGCAGCAUCUUGGGCGUCUCGGGCCUCCAUCGUCGGAUGACCACCCUGGAGCAGCAGAUCGGCCAGCCGCCCCUCGACUCGCGAUUCACCGUCGUCCUCGCCCUGAGCCAGGACUACGCCUGGCCCGAGACCGUCAAGACCCUCGCCGUCACGGGCGAAUUGGACCACCUGCAAAUGGCCGCGCUGCAGCAACUGCACUCGGUCCGCACCCCCGUCCUCGCCGUGGCGCUGGUCGUCGUCGUGCUGCUCACGCCGCCUUUCGAAACCAAACUCGAGAUUCCACAUCCCGGCUUCCCCUUCGAGGCCGAGAUGCGGGACAAUUUCUUCUUGGGCUUGAACGCCUUGCAGUUGCAGCACGGCUUGCAAAACUUUGCGCAGAGCCUGACCCCGGCCAUGGCCAACUUGCCAGAGGUCCAGCUGAGCGACAUGGGCCAAUGGACUCACUAUUGGGACGCCACAUUGUCUCACCUCGGAGGCCCACCCCAGUUGCAGGACCAGAGUGACAAACAAAGUGUCAAGCCCGCCCGAAGCGGCAGUGGGAGCAGUGGUCGUCGUGGCCUCCUACAUCACAAGCUGUCUCUCCCGUCGCUGCACCAGAAACUCUCUCUCCCCUCCCUUCGCCCCUUCAUGUCCCACAACCGCUCCAAGACCAAGCUGCCUCUCCUCCCGAAAGCAUGACUUACGACCCCCCGAUCAAGCUGUUGGACACGCCGGCCCAGGUGCAGAAGACGGCGGGCCUGGGCAACACCGAAUUCCACAUGAUCAAGACCAUCGCUCGACAAGUGCAAUCCAGCUAUCUCGCCAACAACCCCCAUUCUCUCUACGCCGACCCCCAGGUCACCUGGGGCGGGAUCCCCCUCAAGGAACUGGUUCCCGCCGUCCAGCACAUGUGGCAGCUCUGCGACAAGAACGAUGUCUUCCCCCCCAAGACCCCCAUGGAGUUGAAGGGCGCCUGUAUCGAACAGCGCCUGUACACCGCCCGGAAGACCUGGAUGUAUGCCCAGCGAACCAAGCUCAAACGGGCCGCCAAAAGCAACGCUUUAGAAUCGCGCCCCGACACCAAGAGUCCACCUCCGCCUCUGCCGUGUCUCCCCUUGCCUCCUCUGCCUUUGCCGCCGUCGAUACAUCAACGUCAGACUGUCCAGCCGCCUACGGUUCAACCGAUGGUUCAACCUUCGUUUCAGCCCACGGUCCACCCGACGGUCCAGCCUGAUGCCAACAGGUCGACGACCAUGAUGCAUCUGGGACACCUUCUCUGUUCUUGAAUCACAAAACAACGCGCAUUUACGAUGGAAAAACGAUGGAAAACGAUUAGCACGGGCCUAGCAGGGUGUAUGGUUUGGGAAUGCCUGGGAUCAAUAGUAUGAUACGAAAAUCAGGGAACACAGGAUGAUGAUUGUGAUGAACCUCGCUGCCACGGAUGACUGACUGACAGACUGCUUGAGAUCGAAAGAGAUGGACUUUUGUACUUUUGCCACUCGCUUAUAUAACGGUCGCUCACGAAUAUUAUGACCCUCAUCGUCGCCG